GCUGAGGGAGCGGGAGGGGGGGAAAGAAAAGGGAAUUCUAACCUGUGGAACCCUGGGGGUCCCUGUGUUCGGAUCCUUCCCAUUGACUGCGGAUGGUGUCAGGGACAGAACCUCUGACGGCUCACGAGGGGUUUUAGGGUCCGAAGGGGGAGGGCGGAGGGGAGGGUGUGAGUGGGGUACAGGAGUUCCAGACUUAAAAUCUUUAGGCCCUGGGGGCUGAGGCGCUAGGGAGAGGGAGAUCGGGCCGCCAUGCGGGACAGGACCCAUGAGCUGAAGCAGGCGCAUGACACCUCGGAUGAUGAGGACAAGGAGCGGGUCGCACUGGUGGUACACCCGGGCACACCACGGCUGGGGAACCCGGACGAUGAGUUCUUCCAGAAGCCCUCUCAGUCACCCUUCCCAGGUCCGGACAAUUCGGCAAACUAUUGUCAAGCUGGAGAAUAAAGUCCGAGAGUUGGAGAAGCAGCAGGUCACCAUCCUGGCCACGCCCCUUCCCGAGGAGAGCAUGAAGCAGGACCUGCAGAACCUGCGCGAGGAGAUCAAACAGCUGGGGAGGGAGAUCCGCGGGCAGCUGAAGGCCAUAGAGCCCCAGAAGGAGGAAGCUGAUGAGAGUUAUUAUUCGGUCAACAUGAGAAUGAGAAAAACCCAGCAUGGGGUCCUGUCCCAGCAAUUCGUGGAGCUCAUCAACAAGUGCAACUCCAUGCAGUCUGAAUACCGGGAGAAGAAUGUGGAGCGGAUUCGGAGGCAGCUGAAGAUCACAAAUGCUGGAAUGGUGUCUGAUGAGGAGCUGGAGCAGAUGCUGGACAGCGGGCAAAGUGAGGUGUUUGUGUCCAAUAUACUGAAGGACACGCAGGUGACUCGACAGGCCCUAAAUGAGAUCUCAGCCCGGCAUAGUGAAAUCCAGCAACUUGAACGCAGUAUUCGUGAACUUCAUGAGAUCUUCACUUUUCUGGCUACUGAAGUGGAGAUGCAGGGGGAGAUGAUCAACCGAAUUGAGAAGAAUAUUCUGAGCUCAGCAGACUAUGUGGAACGUGGACAGGAACAUGUCAGGAUGGCCCUAGAGAACCAGAAGAAAGCUCGGAAGAAGAAAGUGUUGAUUGCCGUCUGUGUGUCCAUCACUGUCCUUAUUCUGGCAGUCAUUAUUUGCGUCUCCUUAUUGGCUUGAUAGCAUCACGCAUACUCGGUGAGAUAUUGUGGGCCUGCCCCCUGGCCUGCCCCUAUCCCUGG